AUGAUACUGUAUGCGACAACAACACAAACUACAUCUACAUCAACAACAUCCUUCGAUACUUGUAACGGUAUUCGUUAUAAUACAACAGGUAUUCGAGUCGCUGGUGAUGGUACCGAAGGUUCGAAUCCGUCUCAAUUAAAAGAACCUAGGUGCGUGUAUGUUGAUGCUAACGACACAGUAUAUGUUUGUGAUACGAUCAAUGCUCGUAUUCAAAAAUGGACUAAAGGAGCCGUGUUGGGUACAACAGUUGCUGGUGGCAGUGAGGGAGCUAAUUCAAAUCAACUAAAAAAACCACGUGGUCUCACAUUUGAUCAAAAUGGUAACAUGUACGUGGCGGACACAGAAAAUCAUCGUGUUCAACGGUUUAGACCACCUUCGAACAUUGGUACCACUGUAGCUGGAAGUACCACCGGAAGUAGUGGCAAUUCAGACAGUCUACUUGAUCUACCUACAAACGUAGUUGUUGACAAUAGUGGUAAUCUGUAUAUAACUGACUACAAUAACAAGAGAGUCAUGAAAUAUCCUUCAAACACAAGUAGUGGUAUUAUCGCUUUCGGUAGUGUUUCUUUUAGUAAGCCAUAUGGAAUCGCAUUUCAAAGUAAUUCAACUAACCAAUUCUAUGUUAGUGAUGAGGGUAAUAAAAAUGCUGCUGGAUGGACAAGCGGAGUAUCCACCCCUUCCGCAACUUAUGGCAGCAGUAGUACUUUCAAUCAAGCAACCUCAGUUGCUGUUGAUUGGUAUAAUAAUUUGUAUGUUGCUGAUACUAAUUUGAAUCGAGUAACUAUGUUUUGUGUUGGCUCAUCGACAGAGAAAACUGUGAUUGGAGGUACUUCGGGCAGUACACCAUCUCUUAUAGAAACAACAGGCAUUGCUUUCGAUUCAAAAAUGAAUCUAUACGUAACCAGCAAAACUCCUCCUGCGGUGUACAAAUAUCUACGAAUUUGA